AUUUCAAAUGGAGGUCAAAAAAAAGAAAACUGUGGCCUUUGCCCCUAUUCUUGAGGAGACUCAGAAGGUGGUCCCAGUAGAAAAGUUCAAUAGAAUUGAAGAUGUGAUCUUUCUGAUGAAUCCUCUUUAUGAUGAUAUUUAUAACACUCUACCUGAAUACUUUGAGUCUCUUGGUUUCAAGAUUAUCUCGAAAAAUCAUAUUCAUCUAUCAGAAGCCCAAAUAAAGACAUUGAUCAGCCGACGGUAUAAGCAUUCUAAAUAUAAAUAAAGAUAUCAUUGAGCAUUUUGCGAAUAAAAAGUGUGCAUACUUUCACGUGGCUGCUCUUAAUGGAGAGAAAGUGGCUGAUGACCUUAUGAGAAAGUACUUCUCUACUUGGCCAGAUGUUUUCGAAUAUAAAUUACUUGAGAAACCCCUAAAAGCUGAAUCCUUCCCGUUCUUAUUUGUACCAAUGGAUAGUACACAGAUGUACGAAGAUGCACUGGAGAUUGUCUCACCUGAUUUAGUUGAGUACUGGGGCCAAGAUGUGUACAAAUUUCCUCGAAUUAAGUUGGUUAGACUCCUUAACACCAUUUUGAUAAGCACAGUAUGUGAUGAGAUUAGACUAGAUAAUGCAGUCAAGAGUACUCACCAAUGCAAACAGCUAUUCUUUCAGCCAAGAGAAAGUAAAAGCAUUCACUUUAUGGCUCAUACUAAGAACCAAGGCAGAUUUGAGAUCAGAAUUCAGAACAGAAUUGGUGGCAUGAACCAAAGAAAAGCUGCUGAGAAGAGAGAUAGGUAUCUUAACAAAUUCCAUACUCUGUCAAAGUAUUACAAAAAGUUAAAAGAAGUAACUGAUGACUGUUGCCCAAGCUAUUACCGAUUCAGAGUUUGCCCAGAUGUCGAUACAAGGCUAACUAGAGUGUAUGAGGUUGAAGAGUUCCCUGGUGACUUAUUUAUCAAGGAAGUAUUCAAAGAUGCCCAAAAUCAUAGGCAGUAUGAAGUUCCCUCGGAUAGCGAAGCUAGCACGAGGUUCAGCUCUAAGCAAGGCUCUCUCCCCUCAUAUGCUUAUGGGUUCAAACUUGCAAAGAUGGCUGAAACUCUUCAAAAUGUCAGAUUUGAUGAAAUAGAAGAAGUCGGAAAGAUCAAAUACAGCGAUGGCCAUUUUAAUGGAACGACACUGAUGGAAGACUUCUUCGAAUCUGAGAGUGAAUAUUUUGGUCAACUUGUAGAUGAAGUUUUACCAGUAAUCAGGUCUAAUAUCAGUGAAUUCGAAAAGGACAAAGUUGAGCAUUUUGAAGAUAUAUGAGACCAGAUACUCAAAUCGCAUACUUUCAAAGAGAGUAGAAGAGCUCAUCGAAUUAGGUUCGUUCCCGAUAAAAUAAAUUCCAUUAACUUGCGAGUGUAUUACAAAUCAGAAUUUGUCACAGAUAAAUUUCUCAGAGAAUUAGAAAAGAAGCUUGAUAUAAAGAUAGAAGAAGUAGUCCGUGAGAAGUACUUCCAAGGGAUAGGCAAAGGUCUCGAUUCCACUCUUCUCGAUACAUUCGAGCGUCUUAAGAGAGAUAAAGAAGAUGAGUAUAAAAAUGCUGAUGAGCAGCUAGAAGAAGCCACUCUUACAUAUCGUUCUAAUAAGGAAGAAACUCCUAGCAAGUUAGGUAACUCUUUCAAAAGGGAUCAGGAUAAAGAAAAGUUUCGAUCUCGUCACAAAAAUGAGCGAACUAGUUAUAUAAAAAAUAUCACAAAGAACUGGGGAAGACCGACUAGGAGUAAAAGAUCAUCCAGCCCUGAAAAGACCUGGGACUCUAAGAAGACCAUCGACAGUUACAAAAGUUAUGAUACUAUGAAAAGUUGGGAUAGCAAGAAAAGCAUGGACUCUGAAAGAAGCAUUGAGUCAAGACUCAAGUACGAUGUCAGGGAGGAUUUCAGCAGCACCACUGAAGAGUCUAUCAUAGAUGAGAACAAACAAGAGAUCGUGGAUAAGAAAGGAAUCUCCUUGACUGGAAUCAUGCCUGCAAAGUAUACCAAAGAGCAUGUAGCAGCUUCUAUUUUCUACUUCAUCAACUUCUACCUUCCAUUUGUGAAGAGAGACGAAGUCUUAGAGUCAAGAAUUCUAAAGAAUCCUGAAGAUUUCGAUGAGGUCGUUAAGGGCUUAACUAAAGCUUUUGAGAAAAACUACGAAAAUUUUGAAGUUGGCCACAAAUAAACCAAAUUUCCUUGAACCAGAGACUGACCUCGAGCAUAUUUACAAAAAGCAGAAGAAGAAAAAGCAAAGAGAGAUUGAAAAGUUGCAGAAGGAACAGGAAGAAAAGAGGCACCAGAGAGCAGCCUGAACUCCUGAGGAAGCUCUCGAGUUAGUAGCAAGAGAUAUGCGCCAAAUUCAAGAGGAGCGUAGAGAUAUCAUCCGAAAAGGAUUUGUAGUCAGAGAUGAUGCAAUGGAUAUUGAAAGCUUCUACAAGCAUGAUUAUGAGAAUAAAUACCUCAACAUCGCACAGCAUGGAUUGAAGGAGAAGACCAAUCUCGGUCCGAUGCUACAGCCAGAGGUCGAAGAAGUCAUGGUGAAGUACCAAGACCAGGUCGUCUUCGACGACAAGAUCUCUUUCUUCAGAAUGGAAUACUUCCUUUACUGUCUACGUGAACUUUCCGACUUCAAUAGAGAAAAAUAACGAGCUUAAAGAAGACUUAAAAUAUUACGAACAGAAAAUGAGCGAUUAUGAUGCUAAAAUCCAGAAACUAAAGAUGCGAAAUAGAGGGUCUCCACACAGAACUCCUAAGGAUGAGAAAAUAGAGAAGCUUCAAACCGCUUAUGAUAAGUGCUUCAAGAAUAUCCAAGAAUUUGAUGAAAAGUUGGCUAAUAAGAAGCGGAUCAUCACUGCACUGAUAGACCAUAUAUUGUCUUGGAGAAUAAAGAGGAAGAAAAUCUACCAGAAAGACCAUUAUGGAGUCCCUCUUAGUACCUACUGGAGACCUCUCAAGUUUAAUGAUCGCAUUGAAACUGAAUAUGACAAAGAGGCUUACCGGAUGAAUCUUGUGGAGAAGGCCAAGAAAACCAUUGCUCAGGAAAGCAUGAAAUACUCCAAACCUGAAAACAGAAAGAUGGCAGCAGAAGAUGAAACAGAGAAUGCCAAGCAUGCUCGAACAAUGCUGGGGUAUAAUGAGGUUCCUGAGGAACAAGAAGAGCUUGUCUUUAGAAAUCUAGUCCCAAUGACUGAGAAAAUCUGUGAUGAGAUCCUGAAUGUUGCCCCAGGAAUCAGAAGAUCUACUUUAAAGAAUAUUUAAUAUUUCAAUUAGUGAUAA